CAUGCGCCCUCCCUUCCCCUCACCCCCCCCCCCGCCUCCUCCGCGUCGAUGGCGGCGGCGAUUAUGGCGGCGGAGCAGGAAGCCGCGAAAGGCGGCGGCAGGAACCGCGGCGGCGUGCAGCGCGUGGAGGGCAAGCUGCGCGCCAGCGUCGAGAAGGGCGACUACUACGAGGCGCACCAGAUGUACCGCACGCUCUUCUUCAGGUAUAUGUCACAAGGAAAACAUCCAGAAGCGAGAGAGUUAAUGUAUUCGGGGGCUCUGCUGUUCUUCAGCCACAACCAGCAAAACAGUGCUGCUGAUCUGUCCAUGCUGGUUUUGGAGUCUUUGGAGAAAUCGGAUGCAAAAGUAACAGAAGACCUUUUAGAAAACUUGGCUAAAUUGUUUAGUUUAAUGGAUCCAAACUCUCCUGAAAGAGUGGCUUUUGUAUCCAGAGCCCUGAAGUGGUCUAGCGGAGGAUCAGGAAAACUUGGACAUCCCAAAUUACACCAGUUACUAGCAAUUACCCUCUGGAAAGAGCAAAACUAUAGUGAAUCUCGGUAUCACUUCUUGCACUCCACAGAUGGCGAAGGCUGUGCAAAUAUGCUAGUAGAAUACUCCUCGUCCAGAGGCUAUCGCAGUGAGGUGGACAUGUUUGUAGCACAGGCAGUCCUACAAUUUCUCUGCUUAAAAAAUAAGACCAGCGCAUCAGUUGUUUUUACAACAUACACACAGAAACACCCUUCAAUAGAAAAGGGGCCUCCCUUUGUUCAACCACUGCUAAACUUCAUCUGGUUCCUGUUACUGGCCGUCGACGGGGGAAAACUAACAGUAUUUACAGUAUUGUGUGAACAGUAUCAACCGUCACUGAAAAGAGAUCCCAUGUAUAAUGAGUACCUCGAUAGAAUAGGACAGCUUUUCUUCGGUGUGCCACCCAAGCAGACAUCGUCCUACGGAGGAUUACUAGGAAAUCUUUUAAACAGUCUGAUGGGAACUGGAGAAGAUGAUGACACAGAAGAUGGUCAGGAAGAUAGCAGUCCUAUCGAACUCGACUGAAUAUUUUUGUCAUUGGGUGCCGUGUAAAUCUGAUGAUUCGAUGACUCCAAAGACAGUUUUGGAAUUGAAUCCUGCAGUUGUUUCUUGGUGCCUAAAAGGGCUCCUCCGGUCUUUUAGAAAUGGUUGCUGAAAUGUUUAUAAUGUUCGGUCUAUAUUAUUUAUGUAAAAAAAAAAAAAAAAAGAAAGAAAGAAACCAACAAAAAGUAGCCAAGAGAACCAAGCGGAGCAAUUGUUAGCAGGUUUCCGAUACAGCGGCUGGUGACUUUGAUUAAACUAUAGUCUUCUACGGUU